AUGACCGAUAGUGUACCCAAAGGUAAUACAUUUGAGUCUAUUAGUCUAGGUUCAACUAUAGGUAAAUCAGGAAAGGCCUAUGAUUCGCCAGCUAUUAACAGUCAGGUACCUGAAUCUGUUUCAGCUACAUCUGAUGAUGAUGAUUUAGACCCUGAAGAAUUUUUAUCGCAAAACCUGCCUGAAGCAUUACAGAAAGAGAGAAAUGUUCCAAUUGAUAGUUUCGAGAAUUUGGACAAGAUGGGUAUUCUCAAUUCUACAACUAUUCUUGGGGAUAAAGAUGUAAAAAAGUAUGUGGACCAAAUAAACAAUAGUAAUACCAUUUCUCCUGUUGCAGAGAAUGAACCACAAAUGGGAAUUAAUAGCACGUCAAGUCUUUUAGACUCCAAUAUUUUGAACAGCUUGCAAUUUCUGACUCAAAAUCCUUUUGAUAUGGCAAAAUCCAAUUCGGUUUAUUUCCCCAAGUUGGAUUCGACAAGAUUAGGAGAAAAGGCAUCUCUUAUAAAAUCCUUACUGAAUACUAAUAAGACCCUUCAGGACGAGUUAUACAGGAAUAUUAAAAUCCAGAAGAAAUUGCUAGCCAAUGGUGAAGACAUGAGUAGAGUCAGAAGCUUCAUAUCGCAUAAUUUUAAACAAAUAUCAGAGAACUUCUAUUCUCUAAAUGAACUAUAUUCGCAGGAAGUUAGUUAUAAUGAAUCGCUACAUGAAAGCUUCAAGAAAUGGGACAACAGGCGUGAGAAGAUAUUGAACAAAAUUUCAUCAAUUAAAAGUAAUAGGAACAAACAUGGGUCUAAACUCGAGAAGUUGUUAGGUGAAUCUGAUAUUAUAGAUAACGAGAUUUCAGACCUUGAGAAAAAGCUUACUGCAUUGAAAUCAAAGAAGAAACUCAUAAACGCUGAAAUUGAGGACACUAGUUCUGUUUUAGAAAGCCGAACUUCGAAAUACGUCGAGACGUUUAGAAACUUGGAAAAACAGGGGAUUGAAGCUUUAAAUGAAUUUAUAAAUGUGAAUAAUAUAUCAUCGAGUGAAUUCGAAAAUUUUAUUAAGUAUAGUCCAGUUAACGUAACAUUUUCAAAUAAUUAUAAAACAAACCUGAAGAAUAACGUCAUCGAUCUCCAAUCAACUGAGUCUACACCCUCUACAGUAAUAGAUACUCAUAAUAAUAAAAGUCAUAAUGAUAGGAGUGAAGCAGAAUUCAUCGGUAUGCAACCGUUUAUUGUGCCUGAAAUAUCGAAUAAUCGAAAUGAUAUUUCUCUAGCUAAUCACGGCCAUGGGCUUACACCAUUUGAGGAGGGAUUCGAGAAAGGAUCAAAAGUUUCUCAUACUGUUCGCAGCAAUUUGAAUAACUUUAUGAAGUCAUUAGUUUCGAAUCCAAAGGUUGCAAAUGAAACAUAUGUUCCUACGAGACAAAUUGAUGACGUUUCUAAUACCAUAAAUCAGAAAAUUGACUUGGCGUCCAUAUUGAGACUCUUAAAUAUUAAAGAGGAAAGCUCACGAGAAAUCUUAGGCUACACUUCUAACCAGGCGACGUUAUAUCAUGAAUAUGGAGCUAUAUGGGACAUGGUUGUGGAUGUUAUUAAAAUCCAAGAAAGUAAGUUGCUUUCCCAAUUAUCGGAAAGCACUCUUGCAAAGGAUGCAUUGGACGAGAAUAUAAUAUCUAUCAUGAAUACUAGUCUAAAAAAGAUCAAAUCUUUAGUUUCACCUCUGAUAAUUGGUUCUGCUAGUCGAAAUUCAAAUUCUUCAGCUGUUCAUAAUGCAUUAUUUAAAAGUAUCAUCCAUGAAAUCAAAGCAAUCUGUUCAGCGUUAGUUGUGGCUUCAGGUGAUAAGGGCUAUUUAGAAAAAGUGAAUGAAUUUAAGAUUCUAUUGUCUACGGAUAAGCCCUAUCCUAAGAAUGUUACUAAAAAUCAACCUCAGCCAAAGCAGAAUGAUACACUACUGUCAUCAUUAAAAUCUGCCACAUUAUACAAACCUACAAAAACUGUUCCUUUAACAGGUACAUCGAGCGUAAAUUUCUUAUCUUCAGGAUCAUCUAGUUUAUCUUCGGACGUGAUUAAAGAAUCAGUUGGGAAAUUUCAUGUUAGGAGUAGUGAUAAUAAUAAAGGGUUAUUUAAUAUAAAUUCUAAGCUGGUUAAAAAGAAUGAUUGA